CGCACGUCAACAUAUUUUUCGUGAAAAUUCUUGACAGUAUCAAAUAAAAUCAGUCACAGGGUACACCGUGUUAUCAUUAUAUUUGUCAUCAUCAUCAUCAUUAUCAAAUGUCACCAAAAUUUGUUUUGAUAAAUUUACGGGCAGUUUUUGGUGAAAUCUUUGCUCAUUCUUUGUGGUUUAGAUCGUUUUUAUUGGAAAACAAUUGCGCAAAGUUAAUCCCGUUAAUCUUGAGUAUCAAAGUGAUCUUUUCAUCAAUUUUCACAACCUUCCAUGAUGGAACAGAAUGAUCCGGAGUCGGCCGAUUCGUGCAGCAUCACGGAAGAGGAAGUGGAACCAAAGCUCAAAUAUGUACGACUGACGAACGAUCUCAAUAAGAUCCUAAGCGAGGAAGCCGUCAGUUGCAUCGCCGUCCAUUCGAAAUUCCUUUGCUUGGGUACCCACUGGGGACGGAUUCAUAUGUUGGACCAUCAGGGUAACCGAGUCAUUACGGCGCUCAAUAUGGGCCUGCCGAACUAUAAUCCGCACACCCUGUCGGUGAACAAGAUUUCGGUGGACAGCAAGGGCGAGCACAUAGCGACCUGUUCCGACGAUGGGAUGAUCAUCAUCGAUGGCCUGUGCACGGAUGAGAACAACCAGAAGCUAAAGCUGGAUAAAGCGAUCAAAGCGGUCGAGCUGGAUCCGAUGCACUACAGGUCCGGCUCGGGACGACGUUUUCUGAUAGGCGACAACAAGCUGAUGAUGUACGAGAAAACAUUCCUCAAAGGGUUAAAAUCCACGAUACUGAGCGACUCCGAGGGACCGGUCAGUGCAAUCAAAUGGAACGGCCAAUUUAUUGCAUGGGCCAGUUCGCUGGGAGUCCACGUUUACGAUUUGAGCGAACGAUGCUCGCUAGGACUGAUCAAAUGGGAAGAACCAAAAGCAGGCAGACUGACAGACUUCCGUUGCAAUCUGAACUGGUCCAAUCAAACGACUCUGCUCAUCGGAUGGGUGGACACCAUUCGGAUAUGUGUGAUAAGAAAACGAAAUCCCAUAGAGGUGUCCAGUCGAAAUCUCCCAGCGCACAUCGUAGAUCCCAUGUCAACAUUCCAAACCGAGUUCUACGUUUGCGGUGUGGCACCUCUUGAGUCCCAUCAACUGGUCGUGCUGGGGUACUCGAAGGAGCGUGACUCGGAGACGAACAAAGCCCUACGACCAAUUUUGUGUGUUCUACAGUAUAAAGCUAGUGACUACAUUGAAAUUUGCACCGACAGUCUCUCGAUGAGGGGGCAUCAAGAGUAUAAGUGGGAUGAUUAUCAUCUGGAUUGUCUAAUAGAAGAGAAUCAGUAUUUUAUAGUGUCGCCAAAGGAUAUUGUAGUGGCUACUUUGUACGAAACGGACGAUCGCGUGAAGUGGCUGCUCGAACACGGGUGA